AUGGUUCAGAAAUCGAUGGAUUAUUCAUGUUUUAUGGAAGAAAGUGAAACACAACAAGUUCUUCAACUGAAACAGUUAAUUAUUUGUGGUAAACUCCAUGGUGAACUUCCAGCUGGUUUUUUAUCGUGCUUUCGUCAUCUUCCUAACGAGCUAAUUAUCAAAAUUUGGAGUUUUCUGUCCCAAAGGGAAUUGCGAGGUUUUCGUCUUGUUUCAAAGCACUGGAAAGCAUUAUGGGAAGAACAUGCUAAAAAUAGGCGUAAAGCAAUCACUAAACUAAGUUUAGCAUUAGAUGAAGAUAAUGGGAAGUUAGUAUUAAAAGCCGUCGCAAAUUCAUAUUUCGGACGACAAGUGGAUGUUCCAAAUUCUGAGGAAAAUAUCCAGCAGGCUUUUUCGUUAAUAACAUUUCCAAUUGUGCCUGAUCUCUUCUCUAUUAAUUGUUUAUUAUUGUAUGGUGAAGCAGCAAAUGAGAGAGUUCUAAGAUUAAUUACAAAACAAGAUUGGAUUAUUCAUACGGUGAAUGCUUACCUUUCAUCGGGUGUUAUCUCAGACAAUAUCAUUGGAACUUGUAGCUCAAAGUUGAUGAAAUUUGUUAUCGAUCUUGAUCGUACUUGUAUUCAAAACCAACCAAUAGCGCUUACAGAUCGAUGUUUGCUACAUUUGAUUCGUGAUGAAGUAGUGGCGAUCAUACCAUCAUAUUCAAAAUUUACAGUUAAUGGCAUCAAUGUGGCACUCAAGGCAUUCUUUUUUCGGAUUAAUCAUGUAACGAAUGCUGUUAAUUUCUUCACUGCUCGAGCACCUUGUGGACGACUUUGUCUUAGCUUGUCAGAAGCUGUUACAGCUAAAAAAAUUGGUGCGAUAAGCAUGAUUGUAAAUCAGGUUUUAGUUAACCGAUGCUAUUAUUUGCCAGAUGAUCGUGUAGGAUGUAACUUGAAGACGGAAUACAUAAAAAAUGUUGGAAUGGUUAAAUUCACAUAUAAAAACGGAGAUAAUAUGCAUGAGGAGUCGAGCGAUAUACGGCAGUUUUGCAUCGAAAUUGCUAGUGAAGAGAAGAUUCUAGAUUAUAUUCGUUCAUCAGCAAUCCAUGAUGUUAUUGUACAUUCAGCUUCCCUAGAUUCUUUUUAUAAGUUAUCAACUAGCAUUGGGUAUCCAUCCGAUGUGAGCGAUGUUUAUAGUUACAAUAAUUCGGCAAAUCAGAGUGAUGAUUAUGAAUACAGCGGUUGUGAUAGUGAUGACUAG